AUGAGCUGCUUCGUCAAUCUGGGGUUAAACUCGAAUUCCAAUCACUUCAUCACUUGUCUUUUGAUUUUUUUCGUCCUUCAUUAUUCCCCUCAAUUGCCCCCUUCCAUCUUGAAUUCGAGGAGUCGUUGGAACGGGAAUCAAUAUGGAGAGCCGCAGCAACGUUUCCCUCAAAAAAGCUUCUUAUUCACUUGUGGAGAGAAGGAAGCCCCGUUCGCCGUCGUCUGUAAUAGUUAUAGGCAGUGGCUUUGCCGGCCUUGCUGCUGCCCGAGCUCUUAAGAAUGCAUCAUUCGAGGUUGUUGUUUUGGAAUCACGCGACAGGAUCGGUGGCCGGGUUUAUACCGACUACUCUUUUGGUUUCCCUGUUGAUGUUGGAGCUUCUUGGUUGCAUGGUGUGUGUAAAGAAAAUCCAUUGGCACCUUUGAUUGGAAGAUUAGGGCUUCCGCUCUACCGGACCAGCGGUGACAAUUCAGUAUUGUUUGACCAUGAUCUUGAGAGCUAUGCUCUUUUUGAUACUGAUGGACAUCAAGUUCCUCAAGACCUAGUUGAAAAAGUUGGCCAAGUGUUUCAGGAGAUACUAGAUAACGCUGACAAACUUAGGCAGGAAAAUACAAAUGACUUGUCUGUAGCUCAGGCCAUCACAAUUGUCAUGGAUCGACAUCCAGAGCUGAAACAGGAAGGCCUGGCUCACAAAGUAUUGCAAUGGUAUUUGUGCCGAAUGGAAGGCUGGUUUGCUGCAGAUGCAGAUACCAUCUCACUAAAAAACUGGGAUCAGGAAGUUUUACUUCCAGGAGGCCAUGGUCUCAUGGUUCGGGGUUAUCGUCCUGUUCUAACAACACUUGCAAGAGGCCUUGACAUUCGUCUUCGUCACCGGGUUACGAAAAUAAUCCGGGGUAAGAAGGGAGUAGAAAUCACUGUCGAAAAUGGUAAAACAUUUGUUGCGGAUGCCGCUAUCAUAACCGUUCCCUUAGGAGUUCUCAAAUCCAAAUCCAUUAAGUUUGAGCCCCGUCUUCCGGAGUGGAAGGAAGAAGCAAUCAAUGAUAUCGGUGUCGGGACGGAGAACAAGAUUGCCUUGCACUUUGAAAGGUUUUUCUGGCCUAAUGUAGAGUUCUUGGGAGUGGUCUCUGCAACCACUUAUGGUUGCAGCUAUUUCCUUAAUCUUCACAAAGCAACAGGUCAUCCGGUCCUUGUUUACAUGCCUGCAGGUCGGCUCGCCCAUGACAUUGAAAAGAUGUCGGACGAUGCUGCUGCUCGGUUCGCAUUCUCUCAGCUGAAAGAAAUACUCCCCGGUGCAUCCGAACCGAUUCAGUAUCUGGUCUCACACUGGGGCACAGAUGCAAACUCUCUUGGUUCCUACAGCUACGGGGCUGUCGGGAAGUCUUAUGACCUCCAUGAGAGGUUACGGAUCCCUGUAGACAACCUUUUCUUCGCCGGUGAAGCCACGAGCAUCAAAUACACCGGAUCUGUCCAUGGUGCAUACUCUACAGGUCUGAUGGCUGCCGAAGAAUGUCAGAUGCGCCUUCUUGAGAAAUACGGAGAGUUGGAGAUGUUCCACCCGGUUAUGGGCGAAGAGAUUGCUGCAGUCUCAGCACCAUUGCUUAUAUCUAGAAUGUGAUUAUAUGAUUCACUGCUAGUCCUAAUGCUAGCAAUGCUAUCAUCCAUUUUUAAUGUAGAGGAGAAAUCUAAGAAAAUCUGUUGCUUUUCUAUGGUGUCUUCUCAUGAAGUAUUUGGUAUUUGUUGCAUGCUAAGUUAUUGUGAAAGGACAGGUAGCUAGUUUCUAUAGCUACAAGACUUAAAACUUUAUAAAUAAAAUGAAAUAUUCUCCAUG